AGCCAAGUUGGUUCUUUAUUCUAUGCCUUAGCGGUAUCGGCACAGAGUAACAUAUCUACGUUUCUCUAUGGUAUCUGUGGCAUUGUGGGAUAGGUGGCAUCAUAGCAUGUAGUCUGUUGUGAAUGGUGAAAGCCUUGUGCCGUUGUGCGGUUUGUGCCUCGAUCACAGAUUGCGGGUUUUGCAAACCGACGUGAAACCUGUGCUGUCUGCUGCCUUAAUUAUGCGCAUAUUUUUACACCACCAGAGUCUCAGCGAUGUCAAGUGACACCCGUCGAACCGUAGUGUUCUGUGGUUAAAACCCCGAUAUCUGCAAAACGGCUCAUUCUGCAUCAGUGCCAGCAAACAAAAAUUGCAGAAAACAUGUCAGAAGACGACAAACCCGAGCUUAUGUACCCGGCCUUUCCCGUGGAAGACACUGGGGAAGAAUACGACUUGGAUCUCCCUCCCACAACAGCAAAUGAAUACUUGAGAAGGGUCCAAUUAGAAGCCAGCAACUGUCCCGAUGUUGUUGUGGCAAACUUGGAUACUAGCAAGUUUCUGGCCAAGCAAACUGUAUCAUUUAGUAACUCUAAUGAUUGUCCACCACCCCCAGAGGGUUUCGCGCCUUCACUUGAAUGGCAAAGGAAGCAGGUCUACAACUUCCACAUCGCUAGAGAGAAAAUCGUCAAACGGAAGGCCCUUUUGAAAAGGAAUAAGGAAAAAUGUUCUGUGAAGCUGCCCAGAUUUGAAGAGAGGGAACGAUGGAAGGCAGUUUUUUGUGGCUCUGCAGCACCAAGCAUUCACCCUCUUGUCAGCAUUGUCACUACCAUCCCACAGCAAUCAAUAGAAGCAGUAAUCAGCUACAGUGCACGAUGGAUUGAGGAGGAAGGGUUCUGUGCUAGUAUGAAGGGAAAGUGGCUGUAUGCCCUGCUUGCUUGUGUGGAGAAGCCACUGCACCCAGAUAUGUGCUCCAACAUCCGUGCCUUGGCACGUGCUUGUGCAUCGGCGAGGAGGAAAUUGAGCUCCAAAGAUGACCCGAACCUUACCCCUCUGAACCUCAUCAUAUGCCUUAUCGCUUGCUACUUCAACCAGACAGACUUGGCAGGACAAGUGAAGAAACAAGAAGAAAAGGCUGCAUCCAAGACACCAACACACUAGGAACAUCCAUCAUGUUUUAAUUUUCGUUUAAAUAAAUAUGCAUGAAAAUA